GAGGUUCGUCCCUGCCUCAGGGAAUGCUGCUCCUGUCCCGUGGGUCAGUUGCCACCUUCAUCCCGGUACCGCCACCAUGAAGCUGUUUCUCCUGCUUCUUGUCACAUUCGUGGCAACGGGACUGGUGAUGUCAGCCAAAAGUCCUGUCCUUCAAUGCCUGGGUAACAGAGGUUUCUGUAGGUCUUCCUGCAAAAAGGAUGAACAGCCCUACUUCUACUGCAGAACUUAUCAGACGUGCUGCCUCCAGUCCUACAUGAGGAUCAGUCUUACCGGCAUAGAUGAUGACUCCAACUGGUCUUAUGAGAAACACUGGCCAAAAAUACCGUGAAUGCCAGUGAACACCAUGCACACACUUCCAGGGAAGCUCUCCCUGCUGUCCAGCUCCUUAAUUAAAGUCCAUGCAGUUGA